GCCAGAAUUAGGCGAGUUCAUAGAAGGAGCAGCUAAUGUCGCCAACAUAUUAUCACCGAUUAUUCCAAUGCUCAGCAUUAUCACCAAUUUAAUAAAUGAAAUAUUUACAAUUUACGAGAAAGCCCAAUUUAAUAAAAAAAUUUUAGGAUCUAUAAUUGAUCGCAUUGUUGCUGUUGAAGCGAUCAUGAACAUCUUGAAAUCACGGACCAAAUGCGAUGAAAAAUUUCAAGAUUUGCAAUAUCAAAAAUCAUUUCUUAGGUUUCAAGAUUCUUUAGAGAAGAUCAAAGUGUUUGCGGAGGAGGUGACCCAGCUAAGAGGUGUUGGAAAAAUUUUAUGUGCUACAAGCAUAAAAAAGAAGUUUAACGAAUUAAUGGAAGAGUAUGAAGCAUGUAUGAAGGAUUUGAGCUUCACGAUGAUCAUAAUCUUUGAUGAACAACGAAGAACUGAUAAUGAUAUUUUAUAUAGUGCUCUUGCUAAAAUGUUUAAGUCUAUGAAAACAUCUUUCACUGAAAAUAGUCAACAAAUAAACAGUCUUUAUCAAGAA